CCGAGGCUUCCAGCCCGGCCUGCAUUUCCCCACGUGCAUCCCAGGCAGCGCGCUCCUAGGACUGACCCCGGGCGCGGGUCUGCGGGCGGCUGCAGUGGGACCCCUCACCCCACUCCCACCGGCUCCGGCCCGUAAUGAAUCGCUACAUUCUGCCGCUGUCCGUGCUGGGCACAGCGGUGGGUGGCGCCGUGCUGCUCAAGGACUUUGUCGCCGGCGGGGCUUGUCCCAGCAAGACCACCAUUCCCGGGAAGACCGUCAUUGUGACCGGCGCCAACACGGGCAUCGGGAAACAGACGGCCUUGGAGCUGGCCAGGAGAGGAGGUACCAUCAUUCUGGCCUGUCGAGACUUGGAGAAGUGUGAGGCAGCAGCCAAGGAGAUUCGAGGGGAGACCCUUAAUCACCGCGUCAACGCCCGGCACCUGGACUUGGCCUCCCUUAGGUCCAUCCGAGAGUUUGCAGCGAAGAUCAUUGAAGCAGGUUGUAUCAUCACCCCUAUUACAGAAGGGGAAACUGAGUCACACAUUUGUCCUCACCCCUGUCUUCCAGAGGAGGAGCGAGUGCACAUCCUGAUCAAUAAUGCAGCCGUGAUGCGGUGCCCCCACUGGACCACCGAGGAUGGCUUUGAGAUGCAGCUUGGCGUUAACUACCUGGGUCACUUCCUUUUGACGAACUUGCUGCUGGACAAGCUGAAAGCCUCUGCUCCUUCGCGCGUCAUCAACCUCUCGUCCUUGGCCCACGUUGCUGGGCACAUAGACUUCGAGGACUUGAACUGGGAGAAGAGGAAGUAUGACACUAAGGCAGCCUACUGCCAGAGCAAGCUGGCUGUUGUCCUCUUCACCAAGGAGCUGAGCCGGCGGCUGCAAGGCACGGGUGUGACUGUCAAUGCCUUGCACCCUGGCGUGGCCAGGACAGAGCUGGGCAGACACACGGGCAUGCACAGCUCCACCUUCUCCAGCUUCACGCUCGGGCCCAUCUUCUGGCUGCUGGUCAAGAGCCCCCAGCUGGCGGCCCAGCCCAGCACCUACCUGGCUGUGGCGGAGGAGUUGGAGGGCGUUUCUGGAAAGUACUUUGAGGGACUCAAAGAGAAGGCUCCGGCCCCGGAAGCUGAGGAUGAGGAGGUAGCCGGGAGGCUUUGGGCUGAGAGUGCCCGCCUUGUGGGCUUGGAGAUGUCCUAUGGAUCCUCUGAGAGGGGACAGCGCCUCCCCAAAUAACUCCUUGGAGCAGGUAUGAAAGCCACCAGGGAGGCAGUCACCAAGGUGGAACAGCAACCAACCAAAGCUGGCGGCCAUGCCUGAAGCACCCUCUAGGUGGCAGUAUUGGCCAAGGAAUGCUGGCUGCCAUGGCCACUGCACCCUCUAGGUGGCAGUAUUGGCCAAAGAAUGCUGGCUGCCAUGCCUGAAGCGUCCUCUAGGUGGCAGUAUUGCCCCUUUUCUGGCCACAGUGGAUUGGACAGCCGGUGAGCACUUGACCCAGGGGCUGGCUGGUACAGUGUGCCCUGCUGCCAACAGGUGAGCUGGGCCAUCAGAUGCCUCCCUUGGGAAUCCAAACCAGGAAUUUUGGGGUGCGGCAUCAGCUCCCUCUGGUGUGGGCCAUGUGGGGGCCUGGAUGGCCAUGGGCAAGUUGUCUGGCUGAUGCUUGAGUUCAUGGUCCCCCGUUGGACCUUGCACACCUCCAGUCUCCUCUUGAGCCUUGGUUUCUCCAGCUGUAAACUGUGCGGAAUAACCUGACUACCUCAUUGGAUGGCCGUGAGUUAUCGCUGGGCUUGGAGAGUGGCCGCUGCAUAUUCCUUGCCGUUGGACGUUUACUGAGGACCUUCUGUGUGCCAGACCCUGGCAAGGUGCUGGGGAUGCCCUCCAGGAACAGACCGACUCAGACCUGGCCUUGUUAUCGCCGCGUCACGCCGGGGACAGCAUGGUGCGGAGGAACCACUGCGGAAACAGGAUGCCUGGGAUCACGACCUUCCCUCCCAUCCCCACUCGCCAGCUGCCAUGCUGUGGGCGGCCCUUGGAGGGACCCGAAGUGGGCCUCUCUGGGCUGAACGCAAGGAGCGAACAGUUCUGAGAGAAAGAUACCAUAUGAUAUCAUCAUAUGUGGAAUCUAAUUAAAAAAUGA